AUGUUGGCGAGAUGCUACCGGGCCAAGUUGUCGGUGUGGGCUGCGCUGUGCGUCCUGGUGCUCUGCUGGUUCUACGUUUUCCCCGGAUACAGACUCCCUCGCGACAAAGACAUUGUGGCCGAGGUGCUGAGGCAGGGGGACGUGUGGCGCAAGAACCAGACGGGCAUCGAUUUGUACAGGGAUUUGCUGACUAAAUGCUGCAACCCGAAGAAGAUGUUUGCAGUGACAAAAGAGAACUCUCCGAUAGGCAAAGUCCUGUGGUACGAUGGGGAAAUUUAUCACUCGCAUACUGUCAACAGUGAGACAUACCAGCUUUUUAUAAAGUGUAACCUACCCCCGCUCUCAAGGGAAUAUGUGGAGGAUGUGGGAACCAAGACACAUCUGGUCACCGCCAACCCCAGCAUCAUAGAAAAAAGAUUUCAGAACCUUGUGUGGUCCAGAAAAACCUUUGUGGACAGCAUGAAGGUCUAUGGCUCCAGCUACAUCUACAUGCCAGCCUUCUCCAUGGCACCCGGCACCGACCCAUCGCUGCGGGCCUAUUUUGCACUGACAGAUGUGCCGUCCAACCUUACCAUGCUCUUUGCCAACCCUGAUUUCCUUCUCUCCGUGAGCAAGUUCUGGAAAGCCCAUGGUGUCCACGCCAGGCGCCUCUCCACAGGGCUCUUCCUUGUCAGUUUAGCCAUGGGCCUUUGUGAUGAAGUGACAACCUACGGCUUCUGGCCGUUCUCAGUCGACCUGGAUGAACAGCCCAUCAGCCACCAUUACUACGACAACAUCCUUCCCUAUAAAUGGUUCCACGCCAUGCCUGAGGAGUUUGUCCAGCUUUGGCACCUGCACAAAAGUGGCAUUCUACGUAUGAAAGUGGGACAUUGUUCACCUCAAAAUUGA